CAUAGACGUCGCUGAUCUGAGCAACUCAGAAAGCUGGGCAGUCGGUCAGGACCGUCGUUCCGUUGUCUCUGUGAGAGUUGACCGCGAACGUUGUUCGCCUGCAUUCCACAUCUUCCCAGUGUGCCUCAGCUGUGUUCUUCCCCUCUUCCUCGUCGUUUUGUGUCUUUUCUCCUUUGUUACAGUGCGUUUCGCUCCAGAUUCGCUUUCUUUGUCGGUUCCUUGGCCGAGUUCGUCCCUCCUGUUGACUCGAAUUCGCAAAGUGUUCGUCUUUGAUUCUUUUUAGGCACAUCGAGAAACAGUUCCGCCGACCACCGCUAAGAGGACAAGACAUUCCGAGUCACAGAAGGCGCUUUUUCUGAACUUGCUUGGCAGACCCCUGUGACUCUUCAGCCGUUAUUCUGGAGGGCGCGCAGAUGUCCUUUCCUUUCUCUGGCUUUGUCUCCACCACCAAACAAAAAACGGCGAGUUCCUUGACUCGGAUCGCGCGUGUCUGGGUCUCACGCCGAAGUCGAGAGUAUGCGAUACUUGGUUAAAUUCAGUUUUUCAUAGUCUACGACGCGCAAGUCUCAGGCUUCAACUCCUAACGUCUUUUGACUGCUUAUCCCCGGCGUACGUUACGAGCGUUUCAUCCUCUCCCGUCCGCCUUACGCCCGCCCUCUUCACUGGUGCCUGUGUUUCACUUUCUCUUCGUGAUUGGCGCCUCUUCUUUUCUCUUUCCGAAGCGUCUCCAUUCGCGAGUUCUUUGUCUUUCGCGAGACUGGUGGCGUUCCGCUUUUCCUCAGCUUCUCCCGGGGCGCAGCCAAGGAGGCAAGAAGCCGCGAGGCAUACAUGCGUCCUACCUCCAGUUUGGGUGUCUCUCCAUCUCCUCCACUUUCUCUCCAGCCUGCCUUCCGACCCGACUCACCCGUUUUCCAGAUGUCUUCGUAGCUGGCUCGUCCCCGCGACCUUACGCGAGCGAAUACAGAAAGGAAGAAACGGAGAAGAGACUGGAGGAGAGGAAGCUGGAAAAGGAGAACAAGAAGGAAGGGGGAGGAGAUCUCCGCGCAGUUUGCUUUCGCACGAUGAGUCUCUCUGCCGGCAGUGGCGCCGACAGUCCGCAAGAAGGCGCAGAGAAGAAGCUGGAAGAACGCGCGGCACACCCAGAGUCCGAGGCCACAAACUCUGGCGAACAGCCAACUCCUGCCGCCCAGAAAGCGACAGGGAAAGAAGCAGAGAACGAGAAAGAAGCAGAGAACGAGAAAGAAGCAGAGAACGAGAAAGAAGCAGAGAGAGGUCAAGAGAGAGAGGGACGGGAGCGGUCGGAGCAGCAUCUGGGCUUCUCGGGGACCUGCGUCGUCCCUGUUCCUCCUCACUUGUCUCUGUGGGAGGAGAACGCGGCGAUGAAUCUUCUGCGUUUCGAGGCAGAGUGUGAGUUCGUACAGGCCCUCGCGAAUCCGUACUACCUCCGACAUUUGCAGAAAGAGCGUUAUUUCCAAGAUCCGCGCUUCGUCGCCUACCUACAUUAUCUGGACUACUGGCGACAUCCGCCGUACGUCCAACACUUGCUCUUUCCAGUUUGUCUCGGAGUCCUCGACCUCGUCCAGAAAGAAGAAAUCCGCGACCGACUGGAACGCGAAGACGUCGUCGCCGUCCUUGACCAGACCUUGCGACUCCACUGGCUCUACUUUGCAUGCGACAAAAAUAAAAUCUAGGCCAAAGAAGUCUCCUCGACUCCCGCCUUCCAGUCGGCUUGGCGGCUGUUUCUUUUGCUGAUGUUUCUUCCCCUUGCAUGUCUUCUUCUCUCUCCUCUUCCGCUUUCUUCGCUUCGUCGUCCUUGGGAUUUCUUGUGUUUGCCGGAGGUUUUCUUUGCGUAUUCGACCUGAGGGUCGUG